AUGCUGUCGGGCUGUGACGCUGGCCAAGCUUGCUACUCCACCGGGAAGAGGGACGAUAGUUUAUUGAGACUGUUUCCCGCGUUAAUGAUGUGUUAUGAGUCUUCCGAUUCCACAGAUCAUCAUUUCUUGUGAAGACGGCAUAUUGGUCCAGGAAGUCGACGAGGGUCAACCUUGCCUGGCAUGUACGGACCGCUGUCCCGGCUUCAACCUCCAUGUGUGGAGAAACACUUGCCAGAACUGCAAGUGCCCCCGUGAGCUCCAUGAUGUGUACAACGAGAACUUCGUCAACGUGCGUGAUCGGCUGGGGUGGAAGCGGCAGGAUGACCCCUCACUGCAGGUGUCCAAGGAGAAGACAUUACGGGAGGGCUAUACCUGGGUGCCACCAGGCCUUUCCAGUCAGAAGAUUGAGGAGUACAUGGACCAGCUGCCCAACCACAAAGUGCCACGGAUCGGGACACCGGGGGAGAAGUAUCGCGACAUGCAGCUCAUCCGCCAACUUCCCAAGCAGGACCUCUCCAUCGACUACAACAAAAACAUGUUUGAGGAAGUCGAGAAGAGGGAAUUUCAGAUUUUCCGAGAUCUCCGCGAUCAGGUUGCCAUGGAUAUUGGCGUGGUGAAAGACUCACCUGUGGCAAUUAGCUGCUAUUACUGCAAGGGGGAGAUCGAUGUAGACGACCUAGUAGUGUAUGCAUCUAAAGCCGGGAAUGAGGUGUGUUGGCAUCCCGCGUGUUUUGCGUGUGAGGCGUGUGAAGAACUCCUAGUGGAUCUUACGUACUGCUACCACGCCAAACACAUAUACUGUGAGCGACACUAUGCAGAGACUAUACGACCUCGAUGCCCUGCUUGUGAUGAGUUGAUAUUUUCUGGUGAAUACACCAAAGCCAUGGAUCAGAACUACCACACUGACCACCUGGCCUGCUGGAACUGUGACAAGCAGCUAGUGGCCUGCCGCUACAUCCUCAAGGAGGAGCACCCAUACUGCAUCCCUUGCUACCAGCAGCUCUUCGCACACAACUGUGUUGAGUGCAGCAAGCCCAUCGGUCCCGACUACAAGUCUAUCCGGAUCGCAAAACCAGAUCUGUCAUAUAAGGACUACCACUGGCACGAGGAAUGUUUCAAAUGUGUGAGCUGUCAGAAGUCGCUGGUGGAUCAGCCAUUUGCCCCCAAAAACAAUGCCAUCUACUGUGCAGACUGCCAUGAUGAAAACUUUGCUGCUCGGUGUGAUGGCUGCCAACAGCCCUUUAAGGGAGGUAUGAAGAAGUUUGAGUACAAGGGCCAGCAAUGGCAUGACAACUGCUUCACCUGCAGUGAGUGUAAACAGCCCAUCGGCAACAUGAGCUUCAUCCCUCGGGACGAACUCGUCAUCUGCGUCCCAUGCUACGAGGCCAACUAUGCACAGAGGUGUACAAAGUGUGCUGGGGUGAUCAACAAGGGUGGAAUUGCCUACAAGGGCACACCAUGGCACAAGGAGUGCUUCACCUGCACCAACUGUGACAAGAUGCUGUCUGGAGAGAAGUUCACAUCCAGGGACGAGAAACCAUUCUGCGGAGACUGCUACGGUCAACUGUUCGCCAAGAAGUGCUGUCGUUGCACACAGCCAAUCACAGGUAUUGGUGGUACAAAGUUCAUUUCUUUCGAGGAACGUCACUGGCACAGUGACUGCUUUGUAUGCUACAAAUGCAACGCCUCCAUGGUCGGUCGUGGCUUCUUGAUGAACGGCGACGACAUUGUGUGCCCUGAGUGUGGACGCUAACUACAUACCACAACCAAGGGAUGGGUAACAAUGGGACAGGGGAGAAGACACCUCCCGAGGAGAACGUGCACUGUAUCGGAGUCCCAAGGAUGUUUACACCAUCUGCUUCACAUCUCAACUCCACAGAUCUUACGGGAUGUCACCUAUUUCGACAAGUGUGCAGAUUUUAUCGAAACAUAGCCAAACAGAACACUAUUCCAUCCAACAGGCAGCAAUACCAAAAUCUGACAUUGCGAUCUGCAUAUGCAAAUUUACAGUGUCAAAUCCCCACUGCCAAACAUAUGGAUGUACAACUUCUCGAUACAUUACCAUUAGGAGGAUGGUGAAUACCUUGUGAUGUUAUCAAGACAACUGCUUCUGUAAGGUUGGUGCAGCUGCAUUCAGUUAUGUUUUCCUUAAACAUAAUGAUAACCAACUUGCUACAUUGUUACCUAUCCCUUAUGGAUGCAAGGUGAAUGCAUAAUUAGACAGUAGGUGGCCUAGGAAUCUCUCAACUGGCUUGAUGUUGCUUUAGUGAUGUGCGAGUGAAAAGGAGACCGGAUGACAGAAAUAUAUUUAUAAUUUAUUUAUCUCUGCCAGUCAGUUGAAGGUGACAUAUUGUGCGCGCCAGUGGACAGUGUGUAAAAUACUUGGUUUUGACAUUUUUACUUUUUUCUGAAAGUCAUGGAUUUGCUUUCGCUGAAAAUUGUUUAUCGAAUAUUUUACACUUUUUCGUCGUGGGUUCAAAUUUUAAACAUAUCAACAGGAUAAUAUCAAGGACUGAAACUUAGAGGCUGAUGUUUAGAUUGAGUGAUGCGCUACGUAGAAUAACAAAGUUUGAUUUUUGUGCAGUUCUCCAUUUUAUGUUUCCAUUUUAUUAGAAUUGUCAAUGAUUAGGGAAACUGUCAAUUAAAUAUAGGGAAGACGAAUUCAUAUUUCAUUCUUCAGAAAGUGUUAAUCAUAUGAUUACUAUGUCCGUAUGCUAUGCCUUCAAAUCUAGUCUUAAACUCUGUAUAUAUAACCUGUCUGUUACACCUGUAUUAUAUCUUCCAUAUAUGGAUUCAGGGCUGAAUACUAUCUGCUACACAACUGAUCUGAAGACAAAGCAGAGGUCAGAUUCAGAAUUAGUGCAUAAAAUUUCAUAAUAAAUGUUUUACUUGGAACAAGAAGUUGACUACUCAAGAGUAAAGAAUCAACAAAAAUAAUUUCUAUUUCCCGAAGCUGGCAGUAAAUAUGAAAGCUUUGUCUUCAUAUCUGUUCAACCUGUACAUACUUAUCAGUUUUGUUUUUAAACAUAUGUUAUUGACACUAAAAGGUCAAAAGGAUUGGGCAAAGGUUGUCCAACUUAUUAUGCCCUUUCUAUAAACAUAUAUAGACAGCUGACGUAAUUUGCCGGCCACUGUUAUCAGUUGACUGCAAAUGUUAACACUGCACAAGGUUGGUAAUGUAUAUACUAACUUUAUUCUCCACGAAUAGGGAAUGAAUAGGGGUGUACCGAUACGGUAUGUACUACAUAGCUGCUGCAAUGAGGAUUAUUGUGAUGACACCAUUGCGAUUGGUUCAGAAUGAUGCCCAAAGUUGUGCUUAUGGCAUAUUCCUUCAUUUUGCAAACCACAGUUAUCAAUAGGAUGUCUCAUGAUGCAUGUAGUAUAGUAAUCUUUGUAGGCAAUAUGUACCAUAUCACACACCUUGUAGGGCAGUUCAUAUGGUAUCGCAACACCCCCUACCGUGUUACAGUGCUAUAAAGUAGUACAUGUAUGUAUUGUUGAAAAAAAUUAGUCUAUUAUAUAGACAUCAUUUCUGUAUAUUUCUCUGGUGCUAUUCACACCCAAGUAAUAUAUCUGCUUGUGUUAUAUGUAUUUUUAAGUCUACAGACACCUUGGUUCCUGGUCAUACAACAUGCAUCAAGGUUUCUUUGUUAUAACGGCAAAACUGAAAUCUUUAAAAUACUUGGAAAUCUGUUGCCGUUCUUUCUUCUAGCUUGUUUUGUUACAGAUUGUCAUGUCUUAUUUAUUUGCCUUGAUGUGUAUUGUUUGCAUAUUUUACAAACCACUGUUCUCGGUCAUUACAAAACAUAUUUAACAUGGUGAAGAAAUAAUCAGGCAUUGAAUGCCAUAUUAAUCCUGAAUCAUAAAUCACUCUCCCAUACACUUUCCCCACGACUUGGGCAGGAAAGGACUUCUUCCCAGAACAGACACCAACCUGAUACCAAAGUUAUCUUAGAAUCUGUCAAGGAAUUGAAUUGAGAUCAUAAUAUCAUAAGUUAGAACUGGAGUGUGUGGCCACGUCUUCCAGUGGAGGUAGGUAUUUUGUCAGCAUGAUUCUGGACUGUUUUUGCCUGUGUGCUUCUAUGUGUACUGUAACACAACAGAAUGACUGUAGAAUAUAUGCAAUCAUGUCCUCCUGUGGCUUGAAGGCCCACCAAUGUGAUCCCAUUAGCUACAAUAUCUUGUACAUGCAGAUAAAUCUUAGUCAAUAAACUUUUUAUUAUUGGAA